AUGCAACCUUCAGAAAUUGUUGCCAUCCUGGCAGGCACUUACACCCUUCUCAACACAUCAGCAACCCGCGAUGGCGUGCCUGUAGAUGACCCAACAUACGGUUCAAACCCCGUCGGCAUCCUCACAUACAGCAAAACCGGCUUCAUGUCGGCCACCCUCACAUCUACAAACCCCGAACACCGCCCAGCGAGCCUUACAUUCCCCUUCGAGGAAGGCCAGUCAGACGUGGAGUGGGCCUUGGUCGGCAAGCAUAGCAUCGGGUACGCCGGGCCAUUCUCGAUUAGUGGCGAUAUCCCUGCGUCUGCUACCGACGGCCAGGUUUUCCAUGGCCCAUUGACGGUUGCAAACGUCCCGACCAUGGUUGGCGCCGUUCACAGACGUAACUACACAACAUUUGAGAAUGGGACGCUGCUGCGUAUCACGUCGCAGAGGGAUGGGUCGAAUCGAGGAGAGCUCUGGUGGAAAAGGCUAGAUUAA